AUGUCUCGACCUGGAAAAAGCCGGGCCGAGGUUGAAGCAUACGCGGAUCAGUUGGCAAAGGAUAGGGGCCUCGGACGUGCCGAAGAAGAAGAAAAUCGCCCCAAAGAUCAGAGCAAGAUCGCCUUCGGGGCCGCCGGUGGUUAUGAUGAGGAUGUCUAUGGCACUCAGCGUGGCAAACGUAGCGAUCUCUACUCAUCAAGUAUUGGUGGUGGCGAAGAGGAUGACGAUGAUCAGGAAACUUUCGAUGUGACUCGCCCCAAGAACACUUAUGCCAAUCAACGUAAAAUGAUCGAGGAGGCGGCUCGUACGGAUGAGGAAGUCGAUCCGUUUGCUGAAACACGCACAAAGACGAUUGGUGAAAAGCAAAGUGAAUACCAAAAGCGGAUGUACAACAGGCCGAUUUCUCCGGAGCGCAUCGACCCUUUUGUUGAUCAGACUCCUCGGGCCGGUAAUCGUGGCUACGCUGAAGUCAUGAAAGAGCAGCAAUAUCUUGAAGACAAGCAAAAGCUUGACCGAGAGAUGAAAGACAAAAUGAAGGCUGGCGAGCUACGAGUUGUUGAGCCGGCUCAGAAGAAGGCCAGAUGGGAUGACAACACUCCAAGCAAAAACGAGGUGCUUGGCGCGGCUUCUACCACACCAGCUCAAUCAGGGACCGCACCGAGGAAAAGAUUGGAUAUCACCUCACUGGCUGCUGAUGCCGCUACGCCCCAGGUUCAACGUUGGGACGAGACCCCUGCUCAUGCGAAUGCCACCGACGCUACGCCAUCAGCAAAAAGUUGGGACGCCACCCCUGGCGCCCAGACACCUAGCGCAGGUACUGCUCGCCGUAAUCGUUGGGAUGAGACGCCUAGCCGUGACAAUAAUGAUUCUGGAAUGACUCCUUCCUGGGGAAUGGAAACGCCCUCGCAUGGCAUCAAGAUUGAGGACACUCCCUCUGCUUCGGUCCGGCGUUCACGCUGGGAUAUGACUCCGGCAGCUACUCCACAGUAUGGCUCCUCGACCCUAAAUGGUUCGGCGACUCCUUCAUUCACGCCCAAAAUGGAGGGCGGCGCAACCCCAUCAAUGUUGACUCCGGGUGGUUCUACACCAGUUGGUGCGGCAGCCAUGGCGAUGAAGACUCCAGCUGCUCCUAUGAUGAUGACGCCUGACCAUCGGCGUUUUGUCGACCAAGGAGUAAUGUUCACGGAUGAGGAACUCGACGCCAUGAUGCCUGAUGGGUAUGAGGUUCUGCCACCUCCGCAAGGAUAUGUCCCGCUACGGACGCAAUCCCGAAAACUUAUGGCCACUCCAACGCCAAUGCAUGGAUCUGCCGGUUCUCUGGGGUUCAUGAUGCAGGGCACGCCGGAUCGCGAAGGGCUUGGUGACAAGGGCGCUGGUGGAAUCGUCAACAACCAGCCGAAAGCUAUGGGCGAUGAAGACCUACCCGCUUUGAAGCCAGAAGACAUGCAAUAUUUCGAUAAGCUUCUGCUCGACGUCGACGAGCGCUCACUUUCGAAGGAAGAACGAAACGAGCGCGAGAUAAUGGGCUACUUGCUGAUGAUCAAGAAUGGUAUUCCUACGCAGCGUCGUCGUGGUCUGCGCAAGAUUACUCAAAAUGCACGUCGUUACGGCGCGGGUCCGUUGUUCAAUCAGAUUCUGCCACUUUUGAUGAGCCCCUCCCUGGAAGAGCAAGAACGUCACUUGAUGGUGAAGGUGAUCGACCGCAUCCUCUACAAGUUGGAUGACUUGGUUCGCCCCUACGUCCACAAGAUCUUGGUCGUCAUCCAACCGUUGCUGAUUGACGAAGAUUACUAUGCACGCGUCGAAGGUCGGGAAAUCAUUUCUAACCUGGCGAAGGCUGCCGGCCUCGCUACGAUGAUUUCUACAAUGAGGCCGGAUAUCGAUAACGUUGAUGAGUACGUGCGCAAUACUACCGCCCGUGCGUUUGCAGUCGUGGCUUCGUCGCUUGGAAUUCACGCUUUGUUGCCCUUCCUGAAGGCUGUGUGCAAGAGUAAGAAGAACUGGCAGGCUCGUCACACCGGUAUCAAAAUCGUCCAGCAAAUUGCUAUUCUGAUGGGUUGUGCUGUGCUUCCGCACCUCAAGGCUCUCGUUGAGAUCGUGGAGGCAGGUUUGGAAGACGACCAGCAAAAGGUGCGAACGAUGACGGGUCUUUGCCUCGCAUCCCUGGCUGAGGCGUCGGCACCCUACGGAAUUGAAGCAUUCGAUUCCGUUCUCAAGCCGCUUUGGAAGGGCAUUCGCCUUCAUCGUGGCAAGGGCCUAGCUUCUUUCCUGAAAGCUAUAGGAUGCUUGAUUCCGUUGAUGGACCCUGAAUACGCCAGUUACUACACCCGUGAAGUCAUGUUGAUCCUUAUUCGCGAAUUCGCGUCUCCUGAUGAAGAAAUGAAAAAGAUUGUGCUCAAGGUCGUAAAGCAGUGCUGCUCAACGGAUGGUGUUGAAGCAAACUACAUUCGUGAAGAGAUCCUUGGGCCGUUCUUUAAGUUUUUCUGGAACUACCGCAUGGCAAUGGACCGGCGCAACCAUCGUCAGCUCGUGGACACUACUGUCGAAAUUGCCCAAAAAGUCGGUUGUGCCGAAAUUGUUUCUCGAAUCGUGGACGACUUGAAAGACGAGAAUGAAGUCUACAGAAAAAUGGUGAUGGAAACAAUCGAUUGCAUCGUCGCCGUGCACGGGACUAAUGAUUUGGACAGCCGCUUAGAAGAACAGCUGAUAGACGGAAUUCUUUAUUCCUUCCAGGAACAAACGCAAGAAGAUGCCGUGAUGUUGAACGGAUUCGGCACGGUGUGCAGAGGACUUGGCAUCCGCUGUAAGCCUUACAUCCCGCAAAUAUGCGGUACCAUUCUAUGGCGAUUGAACAAUAAGUCUGCCAAGGUCCGCCAACAGGCUGCCGAUUUGAUCUCCCGCGUGGCCUCGGUGAUGCACAUUUGCGACGAAGAAAAGCUACUUGCUCAUCUCGGUGUUGUGCUCUAUGAAUAUCUAGGAGAAGAAUACCCUGACGUGCUGGGUUCGAUUCUGGGUGGUCUAAAGGCUAUCGCAAAUGCUGUGGGCAUGACCAAGAUGCAGCCCCCAAUCAAAGAUCUCCUGCCACGCCUCAGUCCGAUCCUCCGUAACAGGCACGAAAAAGUACAGGAAAACUGUGUUGAUCUCGUUGGUGCGAUUGCCGAUCGCGGGUCCGAAUUUGUCUCUGCCCGUGAAUGGAUGCGUAUUUGUUUCGAAUUGUUGGAUAUCCUGAAGGCCCAGAAGAAGAGCACCCGUCGAUCGGCCAUCCUUGCAUUUGGCUACAUUGCCAAGGCGAUUGGUCCCCACGAUGUGCUGGCUGCUUUGCUCAAUAAUUUGCGAGUUCAGGAGCGGCAGCUUCGUGUUUGCACUACGGUUGCCAUCGCUAUCGUCGCGGAGACAUGCGCGCCGUUUACCGUACUGCCAGCAAUUAUGAACGAGUACCGCGUGCCGGACAUGAAUGUGCAGAACGGUGUCUUGAAGUCGCUGUCGUUUAUGUUUGAGUACAUUGGUGAGAUGGCCAAGGAUUACGUCUAUGCCGUGGUGCCGCUGCUGCAAGACGCACUGAUGGAGCGUGAUUCUGUUCAUCGGCAGAUCGCGAUUGACGCUGUAGCCCACUUGACGUUAGGCGUCUACGGUUUCGGAUGCGAGGACGCACUGAUGCAUUUGAUGAAUUACGUGUGGCCUAACAUGAUGGAAAAUUCGCCGCAUUUGAUCCAACGCUUCAUUUUCGCUUGUGAGGGAAUGAGGGUUUCGCUUGGACCGAUCAAGGUCCUGCAAUACUGCUUGCAAGCAAUGUGGCAUCCUGCUCGCAAAAUUCGUGAACCCGUCUGGAAGGUUUUCAACAACCUGAUAAUCGGCUCGCAGGAUGCCAUCGUUGCGGCCUACCCGACAGUUCCCGGAACCGAGCUCAACGACUACACAAGAUAUGAGCUAGAAUACACAAUU